AUGGCGGCUGCGGCGGCGAAGACCUCAAGAACCGAGCCGUCGGCCGACUCCUACAUAGGGAGCCUCAUCAGCUUGACCUCCAAGAGUGAAAUCCGCUACGAGGGAGUCUUGUUCAAUAUUAACACCGAGGAAUCCAGCAUCGGUCUGAGAAACGGUACUCGGAUUUGCCCUAAUCCCGUGUCUUUUCUUGAAUCUGUGGGAAAGUCGUCCUUUCUUUGUACCUGAUCCGAAAUAUAUUCGUGGUGUUUUCUUUUUUUGUCUGGAUUUGAGAGGCUCCGGUCUGUAGAUAUGGGUUUUAGUUACCGGUUUCGUGAUAUUUGAUCGUUUCGGCGGCUGCCCCUUUCCUGGUACAUUAUCUGUAUAUUUCUGUGUCCUUGCUGUCACGAAAUCUAUCGUCUUCAUUCAUUCCAAAAAAGAUCGAGCAGAUUGAAAAGAACCCGCUCCAUCUCAUUUCCAGUGUGAUGCUUUCUUUACUGUUGAAGUAGUGUUUUCUUACUUGACUGCUCCUCUUAACCUAUCAGUCCCAGUUCUUCAACUUUUCCCUUGUGUUUCUCUCACUAGAUUCGUAGAUUCUUUUGUUGAAAGGUAUGCGUGUUCACUAAAGUGUCACACGCGCACCAUCAAUUUAUAGAUGGAAGAUCGUAUUACUCAUGUCUAUAGGCUUGCUGUUUUUGGAACGGUGUCUAAGGAGCAGAUUGUUCGACUGGAUUGGUGGACAAAUAAGGCGGUAUAUGAGGGUGUGAGAUAAAAGGAGAACGAUCAAACCGCAUCCUAAAAUCGUCGUGCAUGGAAAAUAUCCAAUCUUCUUGCCUCAGCAUAUAUGUUUCCCUCCCUCAAUACAGUGUCCCCUGAAAGCAAUAUUUCUUGUUUCUAACUUCGCAGCUGACAAUAAUUCUAUCGGUCGAGGUGAAUAUCGCUCUGUAUUUUUCAUGCUCUUUUCCUAUCACUUGGCCUGAACGUUAGAAAUACCUUGCUCCUGUCUCCCGGCGAGAAAUUGCUUCGCCUCGACCUUGGGCCUUUUGUACCUUUUCCAUAAGUGAAUAGAAUUACAUUAUCUAGAUUAAGCAGGCAAUUUUUGUGGUGAACAUGGGAGAGGUGAGCAAUGGCAAUGGAGGCAAUGCAGAGGGUGUGAAUUCUUAAAACUACUCUGCUGUGCUAUUCUUAUUGCGGCUACUGCAAAGGGACGCAAUAUGGAGUGCAUGAGAUCUUAAAUCCACCAUGCUGCACGCUUAUUGAAAUACCGUGAAGUCUACACCUACCAAAGUGACAUGCGAAGCUUCAGGGAUUGGUGUGCACCAACGUGAAUAGACUUAACAUGAGAACUUGAGCAUAGACAAGCUCCACGCUGGGCACAAAGUAGUUCUGUAACUUAGGUUCUGGAUUGAUAAGCGGAGCAAGAUAUCUUUUGUGCUAUGGCUUCUCUGUAGGAAACAUAAAUCCGUGAUGGAGAGUCUCUAUGUCAUUGUUAUCCUAAUUCGUGAAGGAAAUAUCUGUCUUUCUUGUAACUUAACAAUUUUCCUUGUCUAUUUUCGUAGGUCAUGCAUAUUUACUAUAUUUCUGUAAGAUAGUAGUAUGAAACAAAACUAUGAAAACCACAUGCCAUAAACUAUUGUUGCACAGUGUGACGUGAGUUUUGCAUGAUCAGUUUCUGUCUUGAGCCAUGCUUGGAGUUUUUAUGCUCCCAUUCAAUGUUUGUGUGUGUUGUACAUGAAGAAACGAUAGACUCAAUUUGAAGGUUUUUUCUCGUUUGAUUGAUUUGGCAGUGAGGUCGUUUGGAACUGAAGGUAGGAAGAAGGAUGGACAACAAAUUCCGCCAAGUGACAAAAUCUAUGAGUACAUACUCUUCCGAGGCAGUGAUAUCAAGGUGCCUUACAUUAAUGUGCAUUGCCAGUUUACUUGAAUAAGCCAUCUUGAUGGCUACAAAACUUUGUACUUCAUUUUGAUUGUUUGUUUCAUGGAUGCAAAGAAAAAUGUGUGCUUUACUGCGUCGAUAUCCGCUCUAUUCUUAUGACAUCUAUAUCUGAUUGAGGAUCUGUACUCAAAAGCGUUGCAUUGAAGUUAUGUUCAUGUAAAGAAAGUUGAAAAGAAGAAAGAUGGACUUGUUUUAUUCGUUAACCGAAUUUUUCUUGAUUGGUUAAGAAUAUAUGAAUCUCUGACUAAUAUUUUUAACGUGUCUCCGUUGUGAAUAUAUGUGUGUGAUUUCUGGAAUUCUCUUCUCCUUUUUUUAAUGGUUUUGUCAUGAAAGUUAUCUUAGCACGAUUUUCUUGUUCUUUCUUCUUCUGCAUUGACUGUGCUAACUUGGUAUCUAUUAUCAAUACUCGGUUUCCAUCUGUGAACAGCUUUGGUAAAUGGUGUUAUAUCUGUUUAAUUCUUUUUUUUAACAGUGAAACUGUUGCUGCAAGUUUCUUCUUCUACAAGUUUGCAUAAUUGCUACGAGCCUUUACCUUUGUGUCAGAUAGCACUGUUUUUGUUUUUUUUUGAUGAAAAAUGUACUGGCUGCCUAGAUGAAGAUGGAAACAUGUGUUGUUCUCCCCUCAUUUCUUUUUUUUUUUCAAUUCAAACAUAGGAAUUAUUGGUCUUGAAUUUAUUCAAAUCAAAUAACUAGAGAAAGGAGUUACAAUGGGUUCAAAUCAAAUCAAAUUUUCAAUUUUAUUUGUGUGAGCAUACUUAGGAUGCUUUUCUCUGGAUCCUGUGCAGUGACCUGUCGUCUAUGGGAAUUAAUUCUUCUUUGUAGCGUUUGGCUGAAGGAUAGAACGUGGAUGUUACCGUCCUUCCAGCAGCCGAAACUCUCUGUGUAUGUGUGUGUGGUUAAUGGUAAAUAAAUCGGGGAAGAUAACAACAGUACUAUUCUUGAGACUUGCUUGAACACGGUGUUUUGAACAGCUUCCCUGACAAAGCUCUGACCUAACUAAAUUACUUUGAAGAAACUUUUAGUCACAAAAAGGAUCAUUGGUGCCAUUUUGUUAGGAUUUGGAUGCCAGGCUUUGCCGCCUCAGCCUGAAACCAGCCUCGAUUCUAUGUUGUUAUAAUCCUUCAAAGAUAGAAAGGACAGACGGAGAAAGAGUGGCCAGCAGGCAGAAUUGUGAGAUUUGGAAUUAUGCAUCUCUAAGAAGCUAUCUUAAUCUCGUCGAUUUAUGUAACUUGGUCAUUAUUUGAAACAAAGCAGCAGAAAACUGGUAGAAUUAGUAAAAAUUAUACAGAGAUAGUAGAUAUAUUAUGAAAUGAAGAGGAAAACAAAUAGGACUACCCUUGGUAAGGUAUUAAUAGGAAAAAAAAAAGAGAUGAAUGCCAUAACCUUUAAUUGGAUGCAAGAACACGAUCAUGUUUGUGUCAUAGUUUCAGAUAUUAACGUGAGUGUGUCAAAUGAAGACUUACAUUCUUGUGAAUAUCUUUAAUUGACAUGACAAUAAAUUUCUCUUUUUACACAUAUUUUACUACGACGAUGGUAGAUCCAUAGUAGACAAGGUCUUAUUGCAUAAAGUAGUGAAAAGAACUACAUUGUCCUUUUAAACGCGUUGAAGCUCCUGUACUGUAGUUCCUCCUCGGCAUCUGUUUGACAUAGGAUGGGAUUAUUUGACUCUCUCUUGACAACAAGUGCAGUGUUUUCGUGGACACGUGUCUUAAGUUUUAUGAAAGGUAGUAUAAAUCCAACAUAUAACUGAGCUUUCUUUUUGGGAGUAUCUAGCGAAUUAGGUGGCUUUUUGUUGCUUUAAUAAUUUUGUUCAAAUGAGUUUUACUUUUUGGUCUUGUGAUGUGGAUGCUGAAUAUUAAUGUAUAAGGAAAGUACUGGUUCUAAAAUAAAUUCUGAACUAUGAACGAAAAAUGUUACCUAUUCAUGUGAUGAAAAUGUAGAAAUUAAACUCCGUCGUUCCUAUGUCGGUCAAGAUUGACUGAGGAGAAAAUUACCAUUUGACAGUUUUGGGUUUUAAUUGUAGGAUUUGCAGGUUAAGUCCUCGCCACCUGUUCAGACUGCAGCUCCUAUACACAACGACCCAGCAAUCAUUCAAGUAAAGUUCAGUUCUAUUCUCGUAUGGAGAUCUAGAUGGAGGAUUUUCCCUGUUUUAACUAAUUUGUUUCUUCUGCAGUCGCACUAUUCUCGUCCAGCUGCUCCAGCUUCUCUCCCUGCUACUUUACCUUCAGUUGGGAGUGGAGCUGUUGCUGACAUUACUUCACACCCAGCUCAGGUGGGAGCUCCAAGGGCAACAUUUCAGAGUGGGUUGCCUUUAUAUCAGCCUGGGGGUAGCAUGGCGUCCUGGGGAUCUUCACCACCAACAGCAAUGAAUGGACAGGGACUUGCAAUGCCAAUGUAUUGGCAAGGAUUCUAUGCUCCCGCUGGUGGCAUGCCACCUCCUGGUGGUUUGGCUCAUGGUCCUACGGGUGGCUUGCCUCCUGCUGGUGGUUUGGCUCAUCCUUCCGCAGGUGGCUUGCCUCCUCCUCCCUCAGGUGGCAUGCCUCAUCUGCAGCAGCCACCAUUGCUCAGGCCGCCGGGCCCACCACCCGGUCUGCCCAUUCCUCAUUCCAUGCAACAGCCUUUGCAGUAUCCCGGUAUCAAUCAUUUGUUAUCAUCUUCCUCCCAGACUCCUGGAGCAAAUGCAUCAUUGCUACCUGGAUUGCCAAAUUUACCUGGACAGGAGGCAACUUCCCUAUCUGCGUCUUUGUCAGGAACUAAUUUGUCACCUGUGCCUUCAAAUUUAUCUGGGAUCAGUGCAUCUUUGCCAUCCGUACCUUCACUUUUGCCUGGAAUGAGUGUGCCACCACUAUCUGGAUCUACAAAUCUACCUGGAUCUAACAUACUAUUACCUCCAGGUUCCCUUACUUUACCUGAUAUUCCUCCUCUAUUAUCAGCCGUUGGAAGUAACCUAGCAUCUGCCACAUUACCAAGUUCUACUCAAACCACUAGUACUUCUCCUGACGCAACCUUAAGCCUGUUAUCAGGCAAACCCCCUGUCACUUCUUUGCCUUCGACUGUUAGUCAUGAUUUGCCAAUUGCAUCCGGCCUGGAAUCUACCCUUGAGUCUGCCUCUGGGAAUUCUAAGGGUACUUCAGGUAAAGAUGCAGCUCAACAAAUCGCAUCAUCUGUUACCUCUGUCCCUGGAUCAUCCUAUUCAAGCCUUCCUGACACAUCAACGCCAUUGUUAUUUACACCUGGUCAAAUACUGCAAUCUGGCUCUUCCAAUGUUGCUUCUGCACAGCUUUUGCAGACAAGCAACAAAACUGCCGAGGUUCGACCAGUGCCAUCAGAAACACAGGAGCAGGCUCCAAUUGAAACCAAGGAACCAAUACUUCCCUUACCUAGGCCAUCUGACCAGAAGGUACGCGACGGCAUUGUACACUUGUCUGAUCAUUGGAAGCCACCUGUUUUAUUGAUGAAUUGUGAUUUAAUAAUAUCAGUUCUGAAGGCAUGAUUUAAGUUAUUUGAUUGGCGCGCAUUCUUUUUUGUGGCCCGCGGAAAUUCUUUUAUGGGGAAGUUAGUUGCAUCAGUCACUACUGAGAUAUAUCUGCUGAUUCUUAUUGUAUAUGGAUUAUAUUGUUUUUUAAUGCAAAAUAUUGAAUGAGUGCUUCUAAAAAUGCUCUAUAAAACGCAGCAGGUGGGUGUAAAAAGCCUUCCAUUUAUUUAUCUUUUGUGUUUUUUAGAUAGUCAUUGUCUAGUCACGCAUACAUUUUACAUGUCAAGUUCUAAUGCAAUUUCAGAUGAUGGCGGACGAUUAUUUUGCCAGAAAUCAGGCUACUGCUAUUUUGAGUGAUUAGAAUACACACGCACACACACAGACAGAUAUCUAUCUAUCUAUAUAUAUAUAGAUAUAUAUAUAUAUAUAUAUUCAUAGAUUCGUUGAUUCUCAAUAUUUGAAGCAGUUAGUGGAUAUAAAAAGAAAGUGGGGAAAAAGUUACGGUGAUGACAUGUGAUUGCAGAGGAUGAUCCGAUGCUCCCUGGUAAUGGACGGAGGACAAAGAUAUGGGCGGAUGACUCCUGCGAGGUUGAAAAAUUAGCAAAUACCUCGGAACACUAUCUGCUUUGUCUACGAAUUAUUAGGACAGAAGCGAUAAAUGAUCGGUCCCAUCCAACAUGAAACAGAGAAAAAAAGGGAAGAUUAUUGGAUGAAGAAAAUGGGCUUAAUGAUACUGAAAAGGGAGACAAAGUAGAAAAGGGUAGAAAGGCAGAGGUAAAUGGUAAACAAUACAGGAAACAAAAAUGAGAGCUGCAUGAGCAAAGGUAGAGUCACAAAGGGUGGGGUGAGUAAGAGGAGAAUUCAAUUGAGGUUAGGUAGUAAGAACUUACCCAUAUGCCCUUGCCUUUAUUGACGUGCCUCGAGACUGUCUUUCUGGUGAAAAACCUUCGAGUGGUUUUGUUGUUAUUUUGAUGAAGUGUUUGAGCUUUUUCUUAACGAAGGUUUCCUCUUUUCCUUCUCGUAUGAACAAGGCUCUAUGAUGUCAUGAAUGCUCUACAUGCCGAUGGGAUGGAGGAAGGGAGUAUGAUACCCCCACAUGAGAAAAAUUAGGCUGCUAAAACACAACUGAUUGGGUUAAACUGGGUUUACAUUGCCAUGCGUCCCUGUGCACUGUUUGCUCUACAGCCAAUCCAAACUUUGACGUGCCAUGUGUGAGGUUUAAUCCUAUCUGUCUGUCUGACCAAUCUUUAAAAGCUCGAACUUAAUCUUGUCCGUACAGCAUUAUGCUAUAAGAAUCUAUCAAUGAACACAUUAUGCUAUUCCACUGUCGGUAUGAACUUGAUACGUGAUUUGUCAUGUAGUUUUUAUUAUACCUUGUUUGGGCUUGAUGAUUGGUUCUACAUUUAUCCGGUCAUAUGUUUUGCUACUAUAAAUGUGUUACCUGGUUUGAUCCUGAAUGUGCGCUUUAUAGAAUUCAUGGCUGUCUGUUCCUCAGAAAAACGGAGCUCCCAUGCACGCCCAUCACAUCAACAGGGGGCGAGGAAGAGGAAGAGGACACAUGGUAUCGUGCUUAAUCUUCCCUUGUGCAUUUAUUUCGCGCAUUAAUCUUCUCAAAGAGGAAGAUUACAUUCAUUAAGCUCUGUUCAUAUAGAGUUUUCUUUGCAUGUGUCGUCCCUACUUUCUUGCACAUCAUGUACGGUGGUCUCCCCCCAUCCCUCUCUCUCUCUCUCUCUCUCUCUCUCUCUCAUGCCCUCCCAUCUCUCUUUAGGAAACUGUUUCUAUGCUUUCUUUGGGCCCAAACAAAAUAAAAAGAAAAUAAAAAUCGUUUCUCAGUUCAUGAUGAAUUCUGCUGCAGGGAAGCACACAUUUUUAGCUAAAAAGAGGCUGCUCUUGGCCUCUCUCAUGUUCUUCCCUGAACCGAUAGAUGCAGAAAAAUGCCUUUAUAUAUUUCCUUUUCCUCAUUUAGGAUGUUUUUCCAUCGGGGCUUCUGUCCCUGUACUCCUUCCUGCUGCAUCCAUUUAAAUUCCCAUCAAUAUCAAACGUUCACCGGAGGUGUAGCGUGUGUCUUGUUUGCAUUUGUUGCAGGAUUUCCAUGCCAUAUUUGGGUUCUGAUUGUCCGGCCCUCUUAAUAAAUCUGGCGCCAUCUUCGAACUUUUUUCUAUUGUUGCACUAUCAAUUUGUCCAUGCUGGCUGUUGACUGAACUCUCUCUCUCUCUCUCUCUCUCUCUCUCUGUCUCUCUGUGUCUUUGUGGGGGCAGUUCUCAAGGACCGCAAUGAGAUUCACGGAAGACUUUGAUUUCACUGCGAUGAAUGAGAAAUUCAACAAGGAUGAAGUGUGGGGUCAUCUCGGGAGAGGCAGGGACAAGGAAGGGAACGCAGUCGAGGAUGAGGCUGACGAGAUUGUCUUUGAGGGGGGGGAUUCCGAGGAACACCCCAAGCCAGAUGUCAAGGUACACAGCCUUUGUUCUGCAUGAAUCUCUCCCUACCCAUCGUCCACAUAUUCGUCCCUUCUGAAUUCCUAUGGUUCUUGACUCUCUCUCUCUCUCUCUCUCUUUCUCUACCUCAGCCGGUCUAUGUGAAGGACGACUUCUUUGAUUCUCUCUCCUCAAAUUCCCUUGGGGGAGGAUCGAGGAACGGCCGAGUCAGGUUCUCUGAGCAAAUGAAAAUCGACACAGAGGUUUGUGAGAUGAGAUAUACAUAUAUUGUGCCCCAUUUUACUUACCAAAUUAGGAAAUUAUGGCAAGAUCAAACUCACCAGGGUUUUAUUUUUAUUUGCUCAUUUUUGAACUUGAUGUCUUCAGACCUUCGGAGACUUCCCAAGGCAUCGUCCUGGUCGUGGCGGUGGGCGGGGCUUCCGUGGGGGUGGCGGCGGCGGUGGCCGCUCCAGGGGCUCCUACGGCAGGGCCUAUGGAUUCAGCGGGCGUGGCCAAGCCCCCCGGAACAACAUGCCCAACAACUGA